CACUACAAGCGGUUGCUGAUGCUGAAGCCGAGCGUCACUUCGGCUCCCACGGCAGACAUGGCGACAUUGACAGUGGUCCAGCCGCUUACUCUGGACAGAGAUGUUGCAAGAGCAAUCGAACUACUAGAAAAGCUACAAGAAUCCGGAGAAGUACCAGUGCACAAGCUGCAGUCUCUCAAAAAGGUGCUUCAGAGUGAGUUUUGUACAGCAAUCCGAGAGGUGUAUCAAUACAUGCAUGAAACGAUUACUGUUAAUGGCUGCCCUGAAUUCCGUGCGAGGGCCACAGCAAAGGCAACAGUUGCGGCUUUUGCAGCCAGCGAAGGCCACUCCCACCCUCGGGUAGUCGAACUGCCAAAGACUGAUGAAGGCCUGGGUUUUAACGUGAUGGGAGGAAAGGAACAGAAUUCUCCAAUUUACAUCUCCCGCAUCAUCCCUGGAGGGGUGGCUGAAAGACACGGAGGCCUCAAAAGAGGAGACCAGUUGCUAUCAGUGAACGGAGUGAGCGUGGAAGGGGAACAUCACGAGAAAGCUGUAGAACUUCUCAAGGCUGCUAAGGACAGUGUGAAGCUGGUCGUCAGAUACACCCCAAAAGUCCUGGAGGAGAUGGAGGCUCGUUUUGAAAAGCUGAGGACAGCUCGGCGUCGGCAACAGCAACAGUUGCUUAUUCAGCAGCAGCAGCAGCAGCAGCAGCCACAACAAAACCACAUGUCAUAGGCCCUUGAAGAAAAGCUAGCAGGUCAAUCAUCCAACAGUCACAAAUUUGGAACCCGUGCUCCGGAAUCCCAGCACAUAGAAAAAGGAAAAGAAAACACCAGUAAACACCUGUCACAAAACUGUGAACACAUGGUGUAUCCAUCCUUUACCAAGACAAUUCGACAUCUUCCUCCUCUGGGCACCAGCCCCCGUUCAUUGCUUUUUUACCUACUCAGACCUUCCAUUCAUGGCAGUGGAAAUGCAGUGUGUUGAGGGAGAGAAGUAUUCCAGUCUGCAGACUGAAAGAGUGUAAGAAUAAAGUCUGUGACUUUUGAACAAAUCACCUGGGCUAGGAUUAAGUGAAUCUUUGGUCAAGGCUCUUCCAGAGAUUAGCAAACCCUUCAUUAGGCUAUAGUUCAAACUGCAUCAGUUCAAGGUUGUGGCCACUUGAAAGGAACCUCAUAUCGACCUCUGCCCUAACCCUUUCCACAGUCUAUGUUGCUGAGCUGUCUGAAUUGGAAUUUGAUUCAGUUACAAACUCAACCUCCAUUCUCCUCUUGAAAAUGCCAAGUUCUUAUUCUAUAUAAUCUGUUCUGAACUUGGAAACAGUUGGCUUUUUAGUUUUCAUUCCUACCAAUAUCCAAACACAUCAACUGAAGUUUUUUAUUUUAGAAUAUUUUAGCUGAACUUUUAAUUUAUUAGAAGUGCAGGUUGGAACUUAAUGCUGUCCUUUUUUAGAAAGUUAAGUAUUGCCUGUAUCUAUUAUUAGUUUAGACAGACUACAAUGUAUAUUUGUUCCAAAAUAUAUAUAUAAGACCAGAGUACACUGGUUAUAACUUGGUUCUUUGUUUGCCAAGGGUCACUACUCUGGUAAGAGAUUCUCUAGACUUUAUGGAUUCCUUCUCAUUUGAUAUAUGUAAGCUGCCCUCAAUAUUUUCUUGUUAAAUUUUAUUUAUUCAUUUCCACUGAUGAACUUUGGAGAAGUCUAAACCCAUCCUGCACACAUUGAUGUACUUUCAUAGAAAUCUAUUUGAUAUUUUAAAUCUUGGAGAUUUAUAAUACUGAACUAUAACAUGUGCACAUAGAUAUACAUCAAAAGGGAUAUCUCACACAAAGUUUAGAUCGGUAACCCUAAAUACAAAUUUUAUUUUUUUGGCAGUCUAAGAUCAAAGGUACUGGCCCUUUUAUAUUGACAUAUGUGGAACCCAGUGAUACCAAUAUUGUAAAUGACAGAUACUGCUUUCUCCAAGGGAAAAUCGAUUUCAAUUUGCAUAUUCCCACUUGUAAAUAAGCAAUCAGAUUUGUUCAGCUUUCAUAAAGAUCUGUUAGCACCUCCUGUACACACAAUUUUUUUUUAAAUUUUGAGUAAAUCUAGACACAUAAUCUGGUUUUCCAUAAUGUAAUGAAUAGACACUUAAACACCUUAAGCACAAAAAUGUACACAGACACACACAGACACACACACCCAAAAGAAUAACUGCCUAGUUAAAGCAAGCAGAUGGGUCAUCAAAACAGAGUCCACUAGUUUAAUAUGUCCAUUCUUUUUUGCAAAAGCAGAAAAUGGUUCCCCAAGCUACAAAGAAUUUGGUAUUUCAGAUAGUCCUCUAGCAUAGAAAUUUGUGAAGUUCAGCUUACAAGCCAUCUUCCUGAAACUAAACAAAACCAAUUAGACAUACCCAGCAUGUUUUGUCUCGCACCAUCGGGUGGUACUACUGUCAAGAGCAAUGUCUUACUGCUUUAGAUAGUGCAUUGCCCACCGGAUGACAAACAGCCAGAAAACCAAGAGCUACACCAAUUUAUUUCAACCCUAUCCUGUUAUGGUAACAGAUUCCCAUCCUCAAAAAUAUAUCCUUUUUUUUUUUACUAGAGAAAGGUUGGGGGGAGGGGUCAGUGAGGAGCCAGAAUGUUAUAUAAAAUAGGCCAAUAAAAGGGACAAGCAUGACAAAAAGAAAUAAGUGCAGAUUAUAAGUAUUAUUCAGUUUGAAAGAUAGUUCUCAUUUUUAUAAAAAAUGUAAUAAACAUAUAUUUUAGUUAUCAUUUAAGAAAGAAAUAUUAAAGCUAUUCAGGAGAUGCCACAAAACUCUCAUAAAAGGAAAUCAUCUCACCCUUAUAAUGAGAAAAUGGUCAUUUCAACGAGUUUCAGUACAUUGUAUAAAUUUGGAGCUUAAGACGAUUAUGUUUUCCCUUAGCUGUUACGUGUUUAGUUAAUACCAAACUUAAUAUAUGGUUUCACAUCAGUACAAGUAUUGUCAGAAGCCACUAUGAAAUAAGCAGGUACUUUUUAAGCUGGUGUUUUCUAGAAGUCUUUGAAUUUUAUGCUUCAUCUGUACAACGUGUAGCGCUGAUAAAUGUAUGCCAGGUUGUUUGUCGAAAUGAAGCAAUCCAUCAUAUGUACAGAAGCCAAGGGAUAGGUUAUACGUCUUCACGGUCUUACAUACAAAUGGCUGGUUCUCUUUAGCGAAGUUUAUCUCAUUAAAAUGUAAGCAUUUCCCUGGAAUUUUAAUCAAAAGUGACACCCCCAAAGACUUACAGAAGCCGCUGGUGCAUCUCUGAAGUUUCACUGAAGCAAAAUUGAAAAGGAAGAACAAAUCCACCAUGAUUUGUACUGAACUUCUCUAUUCCCAAGAAUCACAAACAAAGCCUCUCACAUGGCUGAUGUCAUCCAUUAAAAGAAAAGGCAUCGUACGUAGACUGGACUUCCAUGCAGUUCAAUAUAAAUAUAAUAAAUGGGGUGUUAAAAGUUAGGAAGAAAUGGUUGUGACAGGAACCUGAUGGAGUGAAUCUCAGCUCCCUCCCUUGGUCAAGUGCAAGUAACUCUCUCUGCACCUUUUCCCUGCUAUGAUACUAAGGCAAGCACAAAAGGUAAAAGAAAUCCUGAACCUUUUCACUGGAGCAUUUACAUUUUGAUUCUGCAGUCAUUUGCAACAGAACAUCUGCAGGGAGAUAAUGAGCUUAAAUUACAAUUGACUUUGGAAGAAUAACAGACUCUUGUGUUCCUCAAUCUUGUAAUCAAUAGGGAAUUCUCUAGCAAUGAGAGAGCCACCGCUAUCUUUCAAGACAAUGCUAAGAUCUAAGUAAAAAAAAAGUCUAGCAUUCAGGGGUUUGUUAAGAAUGGGAGUUUGUCACUAAAAAACUUGGCUAGAGACAAAUUAUACCUAUUUACAAAUGUGGUUCUCAAACAUGGCAUCAAGGAUCUUAUUUCCUUUUACCUAGCUGUACAUUCAGGACUCUAAAUGUGGUACACUGCUUUCAACAUCUAUUACUAUUUGUGGGUGUGGGAAUGAGUCCCUGGAUUUCUUACCUUUUAGCUGGGCUUUGCUUGUAAGCACUCCUAUUCUAUACUUAAGCUUCAAACAAGAUGUCGACACAGACACAGAGUAUUCUCCGAGGUUUCUGGGACCCCUAUGAGUAAGACCUUCCAGGGCAUCCUAUCCUUCUUUAAACCCAAACACUAUAAGACCAAGUAAUGUGACUCUGGUCCUGCAGACGUGCUGGCACUCUCCAGGCACUCAGUGAAUAUUUGUUGAAUGAAUGAAUUACUGAAGAGGAUGGUAAAUGAAUUAAUUUUGACUUCUGACUAACAUAUAUUGGCAUUAUAAUUUUAUAAUUUUGCAUGUCAUAGCCAGAGCCAGAAUUUCCUCUAAGAUACAUCCUGGAAUCAAAUUAAAUUAAAUAUCUCAAAGAUUCAAGGACCUUUAAGUCAGAAGCAAUGCUUGGGAAAUAUACAUAUAUAUAUAUAUAUAUAUAUAUAUAUAUAUUCUGAACUUUAUAUAUAAUGAGUAAAACUCUCUAGUUCUUUACAAAAGCACAUGGAUAAUUUGGCAUGCAGGCUUCAAAAUAGAACUUUAUUUCUAAAGUUUACAGAACACUAUGCUUUAGGCUUUUUUAAACAGUUAUAUCAUCAAACAUAUAUUACCCUAUGACACGUGUAUUUUUCAAAGGAUCCAUGGUCAUUGAAAGCGCCAUUUCUAAACUUCUGCUUCCAAAUGCCCCCUCUUUCAUCAUUGACUCCUAGAAUAUACCUGAGCUAAAAAUUACUCACUUGUCACCUCCCUCCCAAACUUUUCCGUGUAUUUAUUUAUUUAACAAAUAUGUCUGUGUUCCUGGCACAUGCUAGAUUCUAGAAAUGCGAUGCGAAACAAGUCAAAUGUAAUCCAAUCCUAAAGUAUACUAUGAGGAACUCUUACUCUGGCUAACUAGUUUAUCGUUGACUGGGUUCUCAUCACACAUGCUCGAGCAACAGCAGCAACAAGAAGCCCUCACUGCAGCAUGGGAACCAUUCAAUACUUCCCACGUAGACUUAUGUGAGCUUGCCUUUCUGAACAUAACCCCUCAAAUUUACCCCGUAGUUUAGCCAUAAAGCAGAGUUACAGCCCAGGGAAGUAGGCUAUUUUAAAAUUUCAUCAGUAUCUACCAGGUUUCAGCUUCAGAGCUUUUCCCACCCAAGCUCUAUUAACAGGGCUCCAUUUAUACACAGAAGAACUGAAGCACAGAUCCAUGACUUUUCCAAGGUCAUCCGGUUAGCUGGUGGAGUUGGGGGUUUGAACCCAAGAAGUCCAACACAGUGGUCCAUGUGCCUAAGGAUUAUCCAUAGGCUUUGGGGAGUCACUCCUGUAUUAAAGCGAAUGAAUCAUUGUAUAUAGAAAUAUCUUGAGUUUGUAGUGAGUAAAAAAAAUAUUAGUAAAUUAUAUUUCAUUAUAGCCAACAAAUCACAUCAGAAACUAUGUGAUCAGGACUAUACCUGAGUCUUACAUGAUGGCCUCAUGAGCUACAAUACAUCAAGCCAGGGACAUGCAUACAAGUUCAGAUCCAGAAAAUUUCUACUUGUGAAAAUGUUUCGAUGACUUCAGAAUUAUUCAUUGUCAGCCACUGUGUCUAUUUGGUGCUACAAACAAAAAAAAAAUGAAAGAACAAACCCCUGAUCCAAGGGCUUAUAAAUACACAGUGUGGAGAUGAACCAAGGGCAUUUCAUAUUUAUAGGGAAGGAUUGGCCAACUGUUCCAUUUCUCACCAUUGCAUGUACAUUGUGUCUUUCCAAUUGUUUGCGUUGUUUUUAUGAAAGAGCUGCAAAAUUGUGCAGUGGUUCAACAUGACCAAAGUGGUAUUAUGCUGCUGGGAAGUAAACGUAUUAGAUACCAGA